UACGUGUGUCGAGAAGAGGGGCACAGUAAACACACAGUCACUCAGCUAGUGUGCAGUGCUGGGAGGCUAAAGCUAUGCUAACUUAUCCGGGAAGAACAUAGAAACACCUCAUGAGUUGUGUAACCAAGACGACGACUCUUUCCUCAACUUUAACCGCCAUGAUGACCGACUCUUCACUCCUCAACUCUGAGCAGGAGUUACAGCAGCAAGAGGAACUUUAUCAACAGCUGCUGUUACAGACAAUGGGAAAGAUGCAGACCAAGAAUCCAGACUCCAAAGUAAUCAGACCAGAGCCUGGCAUGUGUGUGAAGACUCUCUCCCAGCCAGGCAAGCAGAAGGUCUUCGUUAACAUCUGUCAGUCAAACUCAGUCCCGCCUCCACCAGACCUCUCCAGAGAGGAGCUUGAGGACCUGCUCCAAUCGGAUGAUCCAAGUGGCUACAGAGUUCCAAUGAGCCUCGGCGAGCCACACAUAGAAAUAGACAACAGCUCUCAGGGUUGCACAGCAUACGAUGUGGUCGUCAACCAGGAGUUCUUCCAAAAGUGCCAGAAGGAUCCCUUGUUCCAGCAGUUUGUCAUUCUUGUGUCUAUGGAGGGUUUGGAGAACAAAUAUAAUCUGGAGCUAAGUCGAGACUGGAAGGUGCUGAAGAACAGAAAGUUUUUGGGUUCUGUUAGCGAGCAGAACAUCCGGACAAAGAGCAGGCCCGUGAUUCAAGAACUGAAGCCUCAGGAGAGCUCCACUGCUACGGCCAAACGACCAGAGUUCACUUUGCUUGUGGAGCCCCCUGAUGGCGACCCUGAGUACCUCAUUGCUGAAAUAAUGCUACCUGGGGUGCCGUCGUCUCGCUCUCUGGUUUUGGAUGUGGGGGAGGACCGACUGGUGUUGACGGCUCGGCCCUCGCUCUUCCAUCUCGACAUCUUCCAUCCCUUCCUCGUUGACCAGGAGAACAGUGUGGCACAAUACAACAACAGCACUCAGAUCCUUACAGUGACAAUGCCUGUGGUAUCUUCAUGAAACUACAGAAGUAAUGUCCAGUUAUUUAUGAAUAUUGUUGAAAAAUGAUGCUGUCAUAAUAAAAGGGUUUUUAUAAAGUCACA